GGCAUUUCUUUGCAAGGCUAUAUCCUACUCAAAGAGCAAGGAAAUGACAGAGAUGAACCUCAUUUAGUUUUCUUCUUCUUCUUUUUUUUUUUUUCUUCUUUUUUUCAGACCUGGGGACCGAACCCAGGGCCUUGUGCUUGCUAGGCAAGCGCUCUACCACUGAGCUAAAUCCCCAACCCCAUUUAGUUUUCUUCUAAAAUGACCUGGGAAUUACAUAAGACUUCUGCUUAGGAAAUAAGUGGGGGAUACAUCAGAAGUAAAUUGACUAUAUUGUUAUUGAAGUAUACAUUUAUUGUGUUGGCAGUAUUAUGCUUUCUCUUGUACACUUGGAUGGGAUAUUUUAGAAUGCAAUGACCUAUGAGGAUGUGCACGUGAACUUCACUCAGGAAGAGUGGGCUUUGCUGGAUCCUUUUCAGAAGAGUCUCUACAAAGAUGUGAUGUUGGAGACCUACAGGAACCUCACUGCUAUAGGUUACAAUUGGGAAGACCAUACUACUGAAGAACAUUGUCAAAGUUUCAGAAGACAUGGAAGGUAA